AUGUCCAGAUCUGGUGUUGUUGUCGCUGACGAGGCUAUUGAGGCCUUCAACGAGCUGAAGCAGGCUAAGAGCAAGGUCAAGUACGUUAUCUACAAGCUCUCUGAGAACCUUAAGUCAAUUGUUGUUGAUAAGAAGUCUUCCGACACUCAGUACGACGACUUUGUCAAUGAUCUCCCCGAGGAUGACUGCAGAUACGCUGUUUACGACUUUGAGUACGAGACCCAGUCUGGUGAGGGUAUCCGCAACAAGCUUAUUUUCAUUUCUUGGUCCCCCGAUACCGCCAAGGUCAAGUCCAAGAUGGUUUACGCUUCUUCUAAGGACGCUAUUAGAAGAUCGCUGCCGGGCAUUACAAACGAGAUCCAGGGUACUGACUUGGACGAGAUUGCCUACGACACUGUUUUGGAGCGUGUUUCCAGAAGCGCUGGUUCCCACUAA